GCUGUAUUUCUUUGAAGAAAAUCUUUUAGAAUUUCCGAAAUAGUCAUACCAUUUUCUCAACUGAUCGCUAAAUUUUUUUCUCAUUUUAAGUGUUCUAAAAUUUCAAUUAUUUGGAAAAUACAGUACAUGAAUGAUUCAAUGACUGAAGAUGAAAUACAUAAUUAUUAUUAACAGACUUCCCUCUUCGCACACACACACUCACACACUCACAUUAUAUACACAUAACCCUAUCUCUUUUUGAAAAAUUUUUUUCUCUUCUUUUUCAAAACUUUUUUCUUUUUAAACAUGAGUUCUACUUCUUUAGACCUUAAAAAUAAACUCAAAUAUGAUGAACUCAAGAAACGUUGUAGAGCUAUAGAAGAAGAAAAUGAGUUACUUGAAUACAAACUAUCCAAGGCUAAUAGACAAAUAAAGAGGCUAAGACUUGAAAAGAGUUUACUAUUAGAAAAAGUAGAUAGACUAAACAAUGACUAUUCUGAUUCUGGCUCAGAAACAAUGCAUAAUGGUCAUCAUGAAUAUGUACAUGAAAAGCAUCGUUCUGAUAAACUCAUGAAGCCAAAGAAGAAGAAAGAUCCAAAUGCUCCUAAAGGCCCUGGUAAUGUCUUUUUCUUAUUUUGUCGUAUGGAACGUGAUAAAAUGAAAAUUGAAAAUCCUGAAGAAAGUAUUGGUGAUAUAACAAGACUACUGGCUCUAAAAUGGAAAGCUUUAACUAAAGAAGAAAAAAAGUAUUAUUAUGAUACGUUCAAAAAGGAGAUGGAAGAACAUGAAGAAGCCAUGAAAUCAUAUAAAGAGGGUUUGUUGGAUUCCUCUUCCCCUCCUUCUUCUUCAGAUGCACAAUCACCUCAUAUUCAUGAUGUUCAUUUGCCGACCUUACAUCAAGAAUAUUUACACCAAGACAUUAUCAAUUUAAAUACAGAUGAACAGCAGCAACAUAUUCAAAUUCAUUCAUAUCAACAUCAUUUAUUGCCAUAGUAAUAAUAAUAAUAAUAAU